GCGGACCGUCACUCACGUUGAGGGUCAAAUGUUUAGAUGAUGUGCUAGUAGUGUCUUCGAAAUGUCAAGUUUCUCUAGAUCUGCUCAGCAAUGGGCAACCUUCGCUCGUUCCUGGUUCCUGAUCGAUGCCAGGAUGCAGCCUCCCGGGAAGCUUGCGACCAUGUGUUCUGUUAGAUUACAGGGGAAACACAAGCCUAUCUACCAUGCACUCAGUGACUGUGGAGACCACGUAGUAGUAAUAAACACCAGACACAUAGCUUUUUCUGGAAACAAAUGGGAGCAGAAAGUCUACUCAUCACACACGGGGUAUCCAGGUGGAUUCAAACAAGUCACAGCUGCCCAGCUGCACCACAAAGACCCAAAAGCUAUCGUGAAGUUAGCUGUUUACGGCAUGCUCCCGAGGAACCUGCUCAGACGCACCAUGAUGCAGCGAUUACACAUCUUUCCUGAUGACGAGCUGCCAGACGACAUCCGAGCCAACCUGACGGAGGAGCUGCCUCAGCCCAGACAAAUCCCCAGAAAACUCAGCGAGUACACGCAGGAGGAGAUCGACGCCUUCCCCAAGCUGUGGACACCACCUGAAGACUACAAGACGAAAUGAAAUCAAGGCUGCCCGAUGUGACCAAAGAUUCAGAAAAUUCACUUCAACGCUACACUGAAAGCAACAUAUUCCUCCAUUAUAUUAUGAUACCUGACAAGUAUCAGAGAAGUAUUGUAAAAUAAAAAAAAAAAAAUCAGAGGCGUUUUGUAGGAUUUGAUCCAGGAUGUCAGCUGGCCUUAAACACACAACCCUGAUGUUCUCUGUUCGGAUGAAACAUCAGAUUCCAGGAAACAGCAGUGGCAUCAAGGCUGGACUGGAGUCAUAACCUGGAUGCCAACAUCAUCAACACAAAUGCUGUGCUACUCUACACACAACACACCUCCCUGUCAGCUGUAUUACCCUAGACAGCAGACCUGAAUUAUCCAGAAGCAGCCUGAGUAUCACCAUGGGGCUCAGCUCUGAUCAGAGCAAAUCAGGUUCUGUGGGUUUCCCUCUGAUUACACAACCAUGAAAUGAUCAGAUCUGGCCCAUAAAAAGUGACAUCUGUUAGAGCUGAUCCUGCCUUUGAAGGUUUGUGGGUUCACAGCGAAACCAAUUAAUGUGUUUCUAUGACAACAUUCAGGCCGUCCGUGUGGUUUUAGUAGAAAAUGGUAACUUUGGUCAGGAAAUCCGGAGCCUCUUUGUCUUGUCAGAGUGCUACAAAUUUCCAUAGUGUUGUUAAAGUAUAAAUCAAUUCUGUUCCAUUGUAAAAUAGGCUAAUAAACAAUUUAAUAAAC